CUUGAUCACCAACCGUCAUCAUCACCACUGAACGCCGUCCGAUACCCCGAAUAGCAUUUCCCCGUUUUUCUUCCGGCGUGCGGACCUGCACGAGCCUCUUCCUGGAAUCUCCUCACCGAUCGAUCCAUCCCCCAAACCCUCCAACGCCACCGACCAUGUCACCCGAGGAAGAGCGCCAGGCCGCCCUGGACUCGUACCGCACGAAGCUCAUCGAAUCCCGCGAGUGGGAAGCAAAGCUCAAAAACUUGCGGCUAGAGAUUAAGGACCUGCAGAAGGAGUUUGAUAGGACAGAGGAUAACAUCAAGGCGCUGCAGAGCGUGGGCCAGAUCAUCGGCGAAGUGCUGAAGCAGCUGGACGAGGAAAGAUUUAUCGUCAAGGCAUCCUCCGGACCUCGAUAUGUUGUCGGCUGCAGAUCCAAGGUGGACCGGGCAAAGCUUAAGCAGGGUACCCGCGUGGCGCUGGACAUGACGACGCUCACAAUCAUGCGUAUGCUGCCGCGUGAGGUUGAUCCGCUGGUCUACAACAUGUCACUGGAGGAUCCGGGUCAGGUCAGCUUUGCUGGCAUUGGUGGCCUGAACGACCAGAUUCGCGAGUUGAGAGAAGUCAUCGAGCUGCCUCUCAAGAACCCCGAACUCUUCCUGCGAGUCGGCAUCAAGCCGCCCAAAGGUGUCCUGCUCUACGGCCCGCCGGGAACGGGAAAGACUCUUCUCGCCAGAGCGGUGGCAAGCAGCCUGGAGACCAACUUCCUCAAAGUCGUCUCGUCCGCUAUUGUCGACAAAUACAUUGGCGAGUCAGCCCGGCUGAUUCGCGAGAUGUUUGGUUAUGCCAAGGAGCAUGAGCCUUGCAUCAUCUUCAUGGACGAAAUCGAUGCCAUUGGCGGCCGACGAUUCUCAGAAGGCACCAGCGCGGAUCGAGAAAUCCAACGCACUUUGAUGGAGCUGCUCAAUCAGCUCGACGGCUUCGACUACCUCGGCAAGACCAAGAUCAUCAUGGCCACGAACCGACCCGAUACACUGGAUCCGGCGUUGCUACGCGCCGGACGUCUGGAUCGCAAGAUCGAGAUCCCGCUGCCCAACGAGGUAGGCCGGUUGGAGAUCCUCAAGAUCCACGCCCAGAGCGUGAUUCUCGACGGCGAAGUGGACUUUGAGAGCGUGGUCAAGAUGAGCGACGGGCUGAACGGAGCCGACUUGCGAAACGUGGUUACAGAAGCGGGCCUGUUUGCUAUCAAGGACUAUCGGGACUCAAUCAACCAGGAUGACUUCAACAAGGCGGUGCGCAAGGUGGCCGAGGCGAAGAAGCUGGAGGGCAAGCUCGAGUAUCAGAAGCUGUGAGCAUGAAAGAUGACACCUCAAGGGACACGGAGCAGCGGUGGCGAGGGUGGAACGGUUCAUAGAAGUGAUGUGUAAGACUGUAUAAUACGCAAAGCAGCCAUGGGGUUGGCUCGGGACAGGCAUGCAUGCAACAGCGUCCAGUAGAUGAUGGGCUUUGGCCGCACAAGCUCGCGAGACAG